AUGCUCAGAGAUGCUUUUUCUUGUUCUGUUGGCAGUUUGCAGCAGCCACGUCAAAGGGACCAUCACAAAGACAAGAGAAAUCAGGAGGAAGCGCCAAUUAGCAGGAUGCUGACACCUUGCCUCCUAAGAAGAGUGGUCUUCUUGGUUCCUUUAAUUUUUGUAGUUGUGCCGCUCACCAUGGAGCCCAUUAAAGCCGACGAAGAAGCAGGAACAACGAUCCCAGCUGAAAGUCGCCCCUGUGUUGACUGCCAUGCAUUUGAAUUCAUGCAGAGGGCCUUGCAGGAUUUAAAGAAGACUGCGUAUAAUCUAGACACACGGACAGAAACACUGCUUCUUCAAGUGGAAAAGAGAACUCUGUGUGACUGUUUAACUGCAAACACACUGAACUGAAUGCUGGAGAACAGCCAAAGAGUGUCACCGGUUCAGCUGUUUUUCAAAAUGCUGCUGUAUGUAAUACGGACAGCUGUGUGGACUUUGGAAUACAUACUGCAGGCAUGUAAGCCCCAGUGUAGUGAGGAAAGCAGGCGGGGAGUUUCUGUAUGAGAUGGUGGGGUGGGAUAGUUUGUCCUAAGCUUGUUUUCUCCAGUAUGAAGGUGCUACUAUUGUGGCUUGAAUGAUUGAUCAUAUCAAGACAGAGCAUUGCAUGCUGGAAUCUAUAGUCUCUGCAGGCUCUAUCUCCAUAUUAAAGGUAAUGGUAGCUGCAAUCCAUUCUGUUUAUUUAUAAUGUAAAUUUGGACCAGAUUCAGCCAAUUUGUAACUCUGUGGAUUUCAAUGGUGCUACACCUGCUUAUAUCUGGACUGAAUUUGGCCCUGAACAGGACUCCUGGGUCUCCUGGGAAGCUGUCGACUUGGUUGGAAAAAAUAUAGGUACCCCUGAAUUAAAUCAUACACUGUCACUACCCACUUAGUGUCCCACUGUAUCCAGCAUGUAUUGAAAUAGCUAUUGUUUUACCAAUCUAAAUGCAUGUUGUGUACAAAGGCAGAAGGAGACUAAAAUUACUAGAAAAACAGGUAAGCCCACACCCAAAUGUACCUUGUUUCCUUUUGAAUGAGAUCUUGACAAUAGGCUAAGCUAAAAGUUCAGUGUGAAUGGGGGAAGGAGGAAUCAAAUUUUCAUUCAUUAUCUCUGUGCAGUGUAACUUUUCUCUGAGAAAGUACAUUUGCCAUAGGAAUCAGAGUAGCAGCCUUGUUAGUCUGUAUCCGCAAAAAGAACAGGAGUACUUGUGGUACCUUAGAGACUAACAAAUUUAUUUCAGCAUAAGCUUUGGUGGGCUACAGCUCACUUCUUCGGAUGCAUAGAAUGGAACACACAGACAGGAGAUAUUUAUACAUAUAGAGAACAUGAAAAGGUAGACGUAUGCAUACCAACUGGAAGAGUCCAAUCAAUUGAGAUGAGCUAUCAUCAGCAGGAGAAAAAAAACCUUUGAAGUGAUAAUUGAGAUGACCCAUAGAAGGUGUGAGGAGUAAGCUUAUGCUGAAAUAAAUUUGUUAGUCUCUAAGGUGCCACAAGUACUCCUCUUCUUUUCACCAUAGGAAUGUACACGGCACUCAGAUGUUGUCACUGAGCUAGUUAGUGGUGUCACAAAGCAACACACAAUUGAACAAGUCAAGUGUUGUACACAUCAAAAAUGUCAUCUAUGUUCUCCCCAGGGUCAGGGCUCAUGCACUACGGGAGCCCUGUUUUCUUUGCCCUCUGCAAACCUGUGAGUAUAUUGUAAGUAUGAAAAGGGGAAGAAGUGAAAGCAUUAGGAAUUACUGGUUUAUGCAGAUUAAGAGAGACAAGAUGUAGAGAGGCACGGAGGGGGAGGUAUCUUUUAUUGGACCAACUUUUGUUGGUGAGAGAGACGUGCUUUUGAGCUACACAGAACUCUUCUUCAGAUCUGGGAAAGGUAGUCAGAGUGUCACAGCUAAAUACACAAUCCAGCAGCUAGUUGAGCAUAAGUAAUUAGCACAUGGUCUAAGGGACCAUCCAAGGUGAAGUGGCCUGUUUAAACCCUUCCUGAAAGAAAUCUUACCUGAAUCCCCUUUUCUUCCCCCCAAAUAACCCCCCAGCCUCUCCAAACCCAUCACUAGAAGCAAGCUGUAUUUAUUUAGUUUCUUUUCUUUCAAUCCCUCCUUAAAACUCACUCCUGCUGCCAGGCCUCCUACAAGAAGUAAGUUAAUUAAUCUAAAACUUCUCAAACAACUAACCCCCUUUUUAGUACAUUUAACAGCACCAUCAGGGCAUGCAUAUAAUCUUAUUACUAUAAACUUUGUCCUUCCUCACCCCUUCCCUGCAUUGUGUGUUAACCCCUCGCCGUGUCACUAUAAAAUUUAAAUUAGAAGCUCUUUGAGGCAGAGCUUUUGUCUUAUUUGUACUGAAAGUGCCCAGUACACUCUGCAGUGCUGUAAACAUAUAAACUAAGCAUCACCAUUUAAAAUGUGUUUAUCUGUUGCUCUAGUUUCAUGUACAACAUUUAUUUGAUAACAUACAUACACAAAUAAAUGGGCCCAUGUCUGCAAUUCAAUAUAACAUAACCCACCUAAACUCAGAAUCUUUCCCGUUCAUCCAUGGAGAUGCUCAGUAUCUUCAUGACUCUGUCUUUCUCACAGUCACUCCAUGGGAGUGGGGAACAGCGGAGAUAGGGGCUCAGAAGUCUUAUGAAAGAAUUGAGUUUUAAGAAGUGACUUGAAGGAGGUGAGGGUGGAGGCAUAUCAGACCAGGUCAGAGGAAUCCCAAAUGUCAGAAAAGACACAAAGAUCUGCAAACACUUCACUUCUUUAUAUAAUCAGUCCCUCUUUGCAAGUAUUUACUAGUGGUCAAUGACAUGCAGCCAUAGUGGGGUCAGGAAACAUCCCACCAUAAAAAUGUUAUUUUAAAACUAUUAUUCAUUCUGAACUGUGGAGCAGGGACUACAGUAAAUGUGAUAAACAGGACCAUGAAUCAAGGCACAUGAUAUCACCCUCUGAGUCUCACUUAAAUAGCCAGUUGGUGGUUGUAACCAUGUUACAUUCUUAUUGCUUUGUCAGUAAAGUCUGAAAAUGGAACUGUGCUGAAAACUCAGUUUAUAUAGCUGCUCUUUUUUGAGUUACAAAAUCAGCUUGCCGGAGUGCUGCCUUUUGCUGUUGCAUUGGGUUAGCAGGACAUGCAUUUCAAGAGAGGCCUGCACUAAAGUUCUUUUCUUUGAAGGACCUGAAUGUUGUGUAUGUGUGUGUUCUUGCCUGUACAUUACACUGAUUGUCUCUGCACUGGCAAAGACCAUUGCAGCUAGGGCUGUAGUCUAUUAAUGAUCAUUUAAUGUCUAAGCAUUAUAGUUCAUGUUGCUUUUAAUGUAAUAACUUCAACCUGUAAAAUUGAAUACAGUAGCUGGUUUUGAGACUGGAACAUUAUUUUUAUACUUCAU